AUGGCACCCUCCAUCAGCGACUUCCCUCACUCCACCCCCUCGCCUCAAUCCCCCGUCUGCAAGAUAGGCAUCAAUGGCUUCGGCCGCAUAGGCCGCAACGUCCUCCGCGCCGCCCUGCGCAGACCGGACCUCCAAAUCGUCGCCAUAAACCACACCUGCACCACCAUUGACGACCUCAUCCACCUCAUCCGCUACGACUCCAUCAACGGCCACAAAAUCGCACUCACCUCCGAACGCACCCUGCAGAACCUCAACUGGGCCGCCCUAGGCGCAGAGUACGUAAUCGAAUGUACGGGGAAGUUCACGAAGUACGCGCAGGCCGUUGAACAUAUUACCCUCGCGCACGCGAAACGGGUUAUCAUCUCGGCGCCGAGCGCGGAUGCCCCGACGUUUGUGUAUGGCGUUAAUAGCGACAAGUACACCGCCGAUGAGGGGCGGCGUGUGAUCUCCUGCGCGAGCUGCACGACCAACUGCGUGACGCCCGUGCUGAAGGUCCUGCAGGGGCAGUUUGGGAUUGCGCAGGGGUUCCUGACGACUGUGCAUGCGGCGACGAGGUCGCAGCAGGUGUUGGAUGGGUAUAGUCGGAAGAAUCGCCGACUGGGUCGGAGUGUCUUUGAUAAUAUUAUCCCGACGACGACAGGUGCAGCCAAGGCUAUUGCGACGGUGUUGCCCGAGUUGAGUGGGAAGGUUACCGGAGUGUCGAUCCGGGUGCCGACGCCUAACGUCUCCAUGAUCGACUUGACCGUCAGUAUGGAAAAGCCCACCUCGCUGGCUGAGAUCCUGGCUGUGUUCCGCCGCGCGGCAAAGUCGGAGCUCGCCGGGGUGUUGGCUGUGAGUGAUGAGGAGCUCGUCAGUAGUGAUUAUCUUGGGAACCCGCAUAGUGCUGUUAUUGAUGCGCCGGCUUGUUUGGAGUUGAAUCCUCAGUUCUUCAAGAUCAUAGCGUGGUAUGAUAAUGAAUGGGGAUACUCGAAUCGGCUGCUGGAUCUGGCCAAGCAUGUGGCUUCACAAGAAACUUGAGCAUAGAUAGACUUACGGG